GAACAUCUCUGGCCCUCCUCCGUCCUGCUUUACAGGACAAACACACUUGCCUACCAUAGCUUCAAUAUUCCGCCGUUUCUUCUUCCUAUCGCCCAGAUCAUCAGCCAUGUCUGCCACCGCUGUUCAAAAAGUUCAAACCAUUAUCGACGAAAACGCCGUUGCGGUCUUUUCCAAAUCUUACUGUCCCUAUUGCCGUGCCACCAAAGAAGCCCUCACCAAAGCUGGUGCAAAGUUUUGCGAGAUCCAGUUGGACCAAGUCGAUGAUGGAGCCGAUCUCCAGGCCGCUCUCCAGAAGAUCAACGGUCAGAGGACUGUCCCGAGCAUCUACAUUGGCCAGAAGCACAUUGGCGGAAACAGCGAUUUGCAGGCGAGAAAAUCCGAGUUGCCUACCUUGUUGAAGACAGCAGGGGCCGUUUAGAGGGUUUUGUUUCGAUCCGUUGGUGGAUGGUGAUAGAGAGCAAAUGAUGGGCCCUCAUUAUUGUGUCCUAGCAGACCCCUGGGCCUCUAUUUCUCUCAUUCUAUUCAUGCGUGUGUUUUCUUUAUUAGAACUAGACAAAAAACAAACUUUGUCGUAACCA